ACUACGUUACAUUACGUGGAAAAUUCAUUAAUGAAAGUUAAUGUUAUCAAAAAAUGUAUUAUCUCUAAUUUCGCAAUCUCUUACAGUAGAAACAAAUAUUUAUAUAUCAAAACUAUUUUAUGUCCCUUACUUAAUUGCAGAAAAAUAUCAUUACGAACCCAACACAUUUCACAUUCUCCAGAAAUUCAGAAAGGGAGGGGAAUGAUUCUGUGGAUAAAUUUACUGAGUGUACAAAACAUUAGGAACAUGUUCUUUUUUCAUGACAUGCAGUAGAGUGACCAGGUAAAUCCAGGUGAAAGCUAUGAUCCCUUAAUGAUGUCACUUCAAUCAGUGUAGAUGAAGGGGAGGAGACAGGUUAAAGAAGCCAUGAGAUAAUUGAGACAUGGAUGGUUUAUAUGUGCAGAGGGUGAAUGGACAAGACAAAACAUUUAAGUGCCUUUGAACAGGGUAUGGUAGUAGGUGACCGGUGCACCGGUUGUGUAAAGUACUGCAAGGCUACUGGGUUUUUCACACUCAACAGUUUCCCGUGUGUAUCAAUAAUGGUCCAAUACCUAAAGGACACAACUGGGGAAGCAUUGGAGUCAACAUGGGCCAGCAAAACUGUGGAACGCUUUCUACAUCUUAUAGAGUCCAUGCCCGACGAAUUGAGUGCAACUCAAUAUUAGGAAGGUAUUUAUCUCUCUCACGCUCGCCACCUUCCCCUUGCCUCAGCUCUGUCAUGCCUCGCUCAUUCCUGGUCAAGAGUAAGAGACCAGGGUCUCACCCCCCUUGCUUCUCUAAAGGCACCAGACACACAAACCCUGACCAGCCACAACCUCAUACAAACUAUCACGACAGGCAGAACAGGGCAUGGUGGGAAGUAAGGUCCCCACAUCGGAGCCCCUUCCAGGAGGACCAGGGCAACCUGUGCUCAGGGUCAGAGGUCAGGGACACCCUGGAAUACCCCUGCCCUAGCUGGGACGGCAUGGCAACCAGACCACACAGCACCUCGCCAGCUGACCUCUGGACCAGCUGGUCUGCAGAAACCGGAGGGUACGAUGAUGUGGAGCCUUCCGAGUCUGCCCUGCCCUGGUCCCUACACUGGCCCCGGGGCCCUGACAGAGAGAAGGAGCUGGAGAAACUGGUCCAUGUCUUACUGAGCCACAGGCCACAUAUGGACCUCAACUCCACCAGCCCAUGCCCCCUCUGUGAAAAGGUCUUGUCCUCAGGAGCUGUACUGAAGACUCAUUUACUCAGGUCACGUACAUGCGUGCAUGCAGUCCCAUUGGCCACAUCAGCCAAAGCCCCAGAGCACCCCUACGAGUUCAAACAAGCUCUGGGCACGUACGGAAGACCAAAGGAGCGUAGCUAUAGCUGUAAGGAGUGUGGGAAGGUAUUCAAGCGCUCCUCCACCCUGUCCACCCACCUGCUCAUCCACUCUGACACCAGGCCCUACCCCUGCCAGUACUGUAGCAAGAGGUUCCACCAGAAGUCAGACAUGAAGAAACACACCUUCAUACACACAGGUGAGAAGCCCCAUGUGUGCCAGGUGUGUGGCAAGGCCUUCAGCCAGAGCUCCAACCUCAUCACCCACAGCCAUAAACACAGCAGCUACUGGCCCUUCAGCUGCACGCACUGCCAAAGCAGAUUCCAGCGCAGACUGGACCUACAGCGCCACCAGGAGACACAAUGUUUUCAUAGCAGCGUGUACACACAGAGCUGAGGCCAUGGGUAUAAUGGAGAUUUGUAUUACAUAAGUACUGUAUGUAGCACAAGAAUGAGUGCUUUGUAUAGAGAUUGUUGACUGGUAUUUGCAGUUCCAUUUUUAUAUGGUACUUUGAUCAGUGACUGAGGCUAAGCACAUUGUGUUCAAGUUAUUUGGGCAUUUGUUUUUGUGGAUUUGCUUUCGCUCACAGCUUUUCAGGUUGACCGUUUGGAUAGUGCUUGAGGGGACCUGAUCACUUUAACAUCUCUAGCAAUGUCAUAUAUAUAUUGUGCGAGCUGGAUUCCAUCCAUAGCGCAGAAGCUCAGCGUUGUAGCCAGUUGAAAUGUAAAGGUCAUUUUCGAUUGAGCCAACAUAUGCAACAUUUACCACGAAUGCUGUCUCCGCCAACACGGAAACGUUGCCUUUAAAUGUCAGUCACGCUUUAACGCUACGGAUUGAAUCCAGCCCUUUAGGCUCUGGUCUCUACUAUGCUGUAUGUCUAAAAAGACACCUUAUUAAAGACAGGUGGUUUGAAGAGUGACAAAGCAAGCCCUUAUUUCCCAUUGUAAUUGGCCAUUUUCCUCAGAGCCGUUGCAAUUGUAGCUCCCAUUGUUGGUGUAUGAAUGAAGCUGCCAUUUUCACUUCACUGUGGCAGCCCACCCAAGGGCAUAAUAAUAUACAAUCAGGCCAUGUGGAACAUGACUGCAGUACGAGCAGAGAGAGACAAUGAUUAUGUUGAAAUGAUGCUCCACAACUAUGGCGACACAACGUGACUGUAUAUUUUCAGUGUCACAGCCUGGUCAGCAUGAGUAUAUAUUAAAAGGGAUUUAGAUACAAAAAAUGAAA